AUGGGACAUAACUUACUUCUCUUAUUUCUUGUGGCUCCUCUCCUCUUUCAAUAUUCCCAGUCUGCAACAAUGGUGGUUGAUGGAGUUUCAGAAUUAAAGAGCACUCACCUCCUAAUAGGAGACUCUGUCAUUUUCCAGCACAAGUAUCGUCACUACAGCCUCUACAUUUUCAAGAGCCAGGAAGCCUUCACUCUCUGCAACUUCACUCAAGCCACUCUCUUGAGAGACCCCAAAUCCACUACUUCUUACACUUGGCACUCUUCACGCCCUGGAUUCUUCUAUUUUUCCUUCCAAAAUGGCUCAAACGAAGAAUGUCUGCAAGGCCACAAGUUUGCCUUCAAGGUUUCCCAGAACCCGCCGGACGGCGGCCUUCCUCCGCCGCCCGGGACACAUCCUGCAUCCGGUGCCAUAGCCAUUUCUUCCCCAGCUCAGCCGUCGUCCAGAGAAGGCCCCCCUCCAAGCCCUGCGCCUGCUUUGUCCAUUACCACAGCCAUAAGCCCUAUGGGCCCCCCUUAUAACAUCCCAAUCAUCACCAGCAAUCCUGCAGUUCCUCUGCCCACCGGUGAGGUUGACACUGCCACAAUUCGACCUUUGCCUACUUCUGGCCAUUGCCAUUCCCAACAGGUGGUGGAGUUUUCUGCAGCUCUCAGAGCUUUGAGCUGUGUAAAUUUGCUACUACUGGCUGUGGUCUAGAUAGAGAUUUCUUGGAACUUUCUAGUGACCUUAGGGGUAGCCUAUUGAUGACACCAUGUGUAGUAGUUGUGCUCUGC